AUGCUUUUGUUAACGCGCAUUUUCGGUGACACUUGGAUGACGAUCAAAUUCCAGCAAAAUAAUGCUCCAUGUCAUCAAAAAUCAGCAACCACGAUGGGGCGGUUGAAAGAGAACGAAAUUGUCUUAUUAGACUCGCCGGCGCAGUCGCCUGAUCUUGACACUAUCGAGCAUCUUUGGGGGCAUUUGAUUGGCGUCAAGUGUAGUGUAGUUGCUGUGCGUGGUGGCAAGCAGUGGUGCAAGAGGAAGGGCGCGCGUACACAGGGUCAGCGGCCGCGCGAUGUCGGCUCAGGCGCGGAAUUCGAGCUAUGUAUGAAAGGAAAGUGGCAGCAUCGUGAAAGCGCGCGCAUUUACAGUCGUCCCGUACGGUGCGUUGACGCGCAUAAUCUCGUCGAGCGCGUAGGAACGACUGCGGCGCGGCGGCAGGCGGCCAGCGGGCGGGCAGGGCGCGUGGGUCGGCGAAGGUAUGAAGGCACGCGCGGGGCGCGCCUCGGCUAUGGCUCGCUGGAAUGCGGCGAGAUAGUGGCACUGGCUACCAGCCGCGUGGUGUGGACGAGCCCCGCAAACAAUACGAGCGUUUUAAUUUUAUAUAAUAAC